GCCGGUGCGCGGCGCUCUGCGCGGCCAGAGGGAGCGCCAGGAGGCAGCGGCGGCAGCAGCAGCCCCCGCGCGGCCACCGCCUCCGAGCCGGCAGCCGCCGCGGUUGCAGCCUCCAAAGGGAGGCCGGGGGAGCCGGCGCGCGCACUUUCCCGGGGACUUUCGGAGUGUUUGUGGAUUUACAAGCCAAGCCAUCAAGAUGAUGUCCAUGAACAGCAAGCAGCCUCACUUUGCCAUGCAUCCCACCCUCCCCGAGCACAAGUACCCAUCGCUGCACUCCAGCUCCGAGGCCAUCCGGCGGGCCUGCCUGCCUACGCCGCCGCUGCAGAGCAACCUCUUCGCCAGCCUAGACGAAACGCUGCUGGCGCGGGCCGAGGCGCUGGCGGCUGUGGACAUCGCUGUGUCCCAGGGCAAGAGCCACCCGUUCAAGCCGGACGCCACGUACCACACGAUGAACAGCGUGCCGUGCACGUCCACGUCCACCGUGCCGCUGGCGCACCACCACCACCACCACCACCACCACCAGGCGCUCGAGCCCGGCGACCUGCUGGACCACAUCUCGUCCCCCUCGCUCGCGCUCAUGGCCGGCGCGGGCGGCGCAGGCUCGGCGGGCGGCGGCGGUGGCGCCCACGACGGUCCGGGGGGUGGCGGUGGCCCGGGAGGCGGCGGCGGCCCCGGUGGUGGCGGCCCCGGUGGCGGCGGAGGCGGCGGCGGCCCGGGGGGUGGAGGCGGCGGCCCGGGCGGCGGGCUGCUGGGCGGCUCCGCGCACCCGCAUCCGCACAUGCACGGCCUGGGCCACCUGUCGCACCCGGCGGCCGCGGCCGCCAUGAACAUGCCGUCGGGGCUGCCGCACCCCGGGCUGGUGGCGGCGGCCGCACACCACGGCGCGGCGGCGGCGGCAGCGGCGGCGGCGGCCGGGCAGGUGGCGGCGGCGUCGGCGGCGGCCGCGGUGGUGGGCGCAGCGGGCCUGGCGUCCAUCUGCGACUCGGACACGGACCCGCGCGAGCUCGAGGCGUUCGCGGAGCGCUUCAAGCAGAGGCGCAUCAAGCUGGGCGUGACGCAGGCCGACGUGGGCUCGGCGCUGGCCAACCUCAAGAUCCCGGGCGUGGGCUCGCUCAGCCAGAGCACCAUCUGCAGGUUCGAGUCGCUCACGCUCUCGCACAACAACAUGAUUGCGCUCAAGCCCAUCCUGCAGGCUUGGCUCGAGGAGGCCGAGGGUGCGCAGCGGGAGAAAAUGAACAAGCCCGAGCUCUUCAACGGCGGUGAGAAGAAACGCAAGCGGACUUCCAUCGCAGCGCCGGAGAAGCGCUCCCUCGAGGCCUACUUCGCAGUACAGCCGCGGCCCUCUUCAGAGAAGAUCGCUGCCAUCGCCGAGAAACUGGACCUCAAAAAGAACGUGGUGCGGGUGUGGUUUUGCAACCAGAGACAGAAGCAGAAGCGGAUGAAAUUCUCCGCCACUUACUGA